AUCGAACGAUACCGAGUUCUCGAAUCUAGGGUUUUGGAGGGGAGAAGAAGGGGAAGGAGCGGGGGUGGAGGAGCUUUUGGCUAUUGAAGCGAGGGAAGCAUGCUGAGCGUGCUUAGGGUUCAUUUGCCGUCCGAGAUCCCCAUCGUUGGCUGCGAGAUCACGCCGUAUGUGCUCUUGAAGCGGCCGGAUAAUUCGAUCUCGAAUGAGGACGUCCCUGAAUCAACCCCGAUCGGGGGCUAUUGCAUGAGAUAUAAGUGGUACCGUGUACACAAUGACCGUAAAGUGGCUGUCUGCAGUGUGCAUCCAACUGAACAAGCAACGUUGCAGUGUGUUGGUUGCGUGAAGAUGAAAAUACCAGUUGCCAAGAGUUUUCACUGCUCAUCAAGGUGCUUCGCUGAUGCGUGGCAGCAUCAUCGCGUUUUACAUGAGAGAGCCCUUAGCACUUUAAAUGAAAAUGGAAAUGAAGAAGAAGAGUUAUAUGGUCGCCUUAAUAGUAGUGGAUCUGGAAUUGUCAAUGCUGGGCUUUCUAGUUCAACAACAGGUGUAGGACAGAACCCAAGUUUGAACAAUAUUUCCACACCUUUAUAUCCUGCAACUAUUACAGAGCGGAGUGGAGGUGAAACCUGGUCUGAAGUUGGGCGCUCUAGAACAUAUACCCCAACUGCUGAAGAUAUUGGUCAUGUGCUCAAGUUUGAAUGUGUACCUAUAGAUGCAGAAACAAAGAUUCCUCUUGGAACACCAAGUACUUUUUUGACCUCACGUGUUAUUCCAGCUCCGUCACCCACUCCACGCCGUAUGAUUCCUGUAAAUGGACUUGAUAUUCAUGGGCAGCUGAAUCUUGAUGGUCGAACUUCAUUGUCUGGAACAUUCACUGUGCUAUCAUAUAACAUUCUUUCUGAUGCAUAUGCGACAAGUGAGUCAUACAGCUAUUGCCCAUCUUGGGCCCUUUCUUGGACUUACCGGAGGCAAAAUUUGUUGAGAGAAAUUAUCGGCUAUCAUGCUGAUAUCCUUUGUCUUCAGGAGGUUCAAAGUAAUCAUUUCGAUGAGUUUUUUGCUCCAGAACUUGACAAGCAUGGAUAUCAGGGACUUUACAAGAAGAAAACAUCCGAGGUUUAUAAUGGAAAUCCAAAUGCAGUUGAUGGUUGUGCGACAUUUUUCCGCAGGGACAAAUUUUCACAUGUCAAAAAAUAUGAGGUUGAGUUCAAUAAGGCUGCCCAGUCUUUGACUGAGGCUGUAAUUGCAGCUGGUCAGAAGAAAGUUGCUCUGAGUAGAUUGAUCAAGGAUAAUAUUGCUCUUAUUGUGGUCCUUGAAGCAAAAUUCAAUAACCAGGGGCAGGGUACUGAUACUCCUGGAAAGAGACAGCUCCUCUGUGUGGCAAAUACACAUGUCAAUGUUCAUCAAGAUCACAAGGAUGUAAAGCUCUGGCAGGUGCAUACUCUUUUGAAAGGGCUGGAGAAAAUAGCUGUUAGUGCAGAUAUACCCAUGUUGGUGUGUGGAGAUUUUAAUUCUGUUCCAGGGAGUGCUUCUCAUACGCUGCUUGCAAUGGGUAAGGUUGAUCCAAUGCAUCCGGACUUGACUGUGGACCCCCUUAAUAUUUUACGCCCUUCAACAAAGCUAAACCACCAGCUCCCACUGGUCAGCGCAUACUCAUCCGUCGCAAGAAUGGUUGGGUUAGAGCAGAGAAGAAAGUUGGAUCCAUCAACAAAUGAACCUUUGUUCACAAAUUGUACCAGGGAUUUCAUUGGGACACUGGAUUACAUAUUUUACACAGCGGACUCGUUGACAGUGGAAUCACUGUUGGAACUCUUGGAUGAGGAAAGCUUGCGCAAAGAUACAGCACUUCCCUCUCCAGAGUGGUCCUCUGAUCAUGUAGCACUUUUAGCUGAAUUCCGAUGCAAACCUAGGGUCAGACGUUGAUAUUAGAGGUCCUCCAAUACACUUUUGAUUUUUGUAAGACAAAAUUUGGUGGAUGAAAGAAAAUUCCAUCUGGUAAGGAUCAGAAAGGUGAUAGAUCAUGUACCUUGUACAUGCUCUUUGUUUAUGUUAACCCUUGGGGGUCUAUUGAUCUAUUUGUAACAUGUCAAUGUCUUAUAGAAGAAUUAUGAAAUAAGAUGUUUCUGAACGUUUGCCUCUCAUUUUUUCCCCUUUUUCCACCAUUUCGUCUUUUCUCAUAAAAACGUCAAAUCGGGAAAUGUUUCACAAGUACAAUAACUGAGCUGCUGCUUCACUUGCGUUUAAUGGCGGAGAUACAAAAGACCAUCAUCUUGUGGAUAUCUGAUAACCACCAAAAACUUCUAUAGUAUAUUUUGCGGAAAAGUAGAGUAGAAGGGCAGAGAGAUUUUGUUGUAGCUACAGUUUGUAUAAAGUACCUGCAGGGUUACUGGCAUGAUGGUGCUAUGAUAAUCUUGCAAAAAGGCUGGCUAGUUCUUGUAAAUUACUAGCUUAUUAGAUUUUUUCAUAAUGAGAAGAAUGUUUACAUUGUGAGUCC